CACUUUCUUAAUCGAGAUCAUUUUGAUUCUUAUUCCAUUGGAAUAAGACAUGAGAAAACGAAACAGCAACAUAGAUUUAUAAUUGUAUUUAUGAUGUGAUGUGACCUAACACGGCUUGGCAUGUAAUGGCCCUGACAGAACGAAACGAAUAAAGAUCUGACUAAUCUCUUAUAAUUUCAUUUAUUGGAAGUAGUGAGUAAUAUAGGUUCUUCUGCAGAAUAGUUUAUUUUGUGCCACUAAAAAGUGAUCAACGAUUGGAUCGCUUUCUCAAACAUUAUCAAAUUAAUAAAAAUACGGCAACAUGAGUUAUAGAGAUACGUAUUCACUCUAUCCGAGAACACAUUCCUACAGUGCUGCAAAUGAACAACGAGUAGGAAGAUACUUAAGGACAUUAAUGAGUUACGGAGCAUCUCCAUCAUCGGUGCUGAAUUCAAUUCCGUCUUAUCGAUCAAGAGUGUUUACUGAUGUUGCUUAUACAUCAACACCAGAUGUCAAUGAAGUUUAUCCUGGGCUCUAUGUAGGUGAUGCAGUUGCUGCUAAAGAUAAAGCAUUUUUAAAAAGAAUGGGUAUCAACUAUGUUUUGAAUACAGCGGAGGGCAAACGCUACACACAAGUUGAUACAGAUCACCUAUAUUAUCGUGAUUGUCCCGGACUACGUUACAAGGGCUUCCAGCUAAUGGAUCUUCCAACAACAGAUAUAUCUAAAUACUUUCAUAUUGCUGCAAAUUUUAUUGAUGAAGGACUUUCAAGAGGUAAGGUACUGGUACACUGUUUAAUGGGAGUGUCACGUUCGGCGACUUGUGCCCUUGCUUUUCUGAUGAUUAAGCGCGGCAUGUCUCUCACUGAGGCACUUGCUUUGGUCCGCUCUCGACGUGACAUCCAUCCGAAUGAGGGAUUCCUUCGUCAGCUUCAGCAGCUGGACAAGGAACUGAGGGUGUCUCGGAUCCGCUGACAAUUAAAUUCUUAUCAACCCUUCAGUAUGCCUUACGAUUAUAGAGAGCGGCGACAUCGAGUCCGCAGUCUUGAUCGAGCUUACACCAAUCCAUAUUUAGAGUAAAUUUCCAAAUUUACUGAAGGUUGAUAAUAUAUUUCCCAGAGUCUAAGGUGAAGAUAGACAGGUAAUUUAUAAAUCUAUUUGAUGAAAAUUUUAUUUUUUAAGACUUUUUCUUCUUUGAAUAGUUUAAUACAAGUGUUGUUUGGAUAUAGGGUAUUAAAAUGGUUGCUAGGUGUUUUAAAAAAAACGU